AUGAGAAGGAAGCUAAGAAAUGGAAAGGGGGCCCGCGCUGGGAUAUGCCCAGGCGCGGGCGAAAUCGCUGGAGCGCUGAGGCAGUCGCGCGCGGCUAAGUCCCCACUGCAAGGGCGGGCUAGCGGCGCGCGCCCGAAAACCGCCGGCGCCGGCGCGCUGAGGCACUCGCGCGCGCCUAAGUCCCCACCACAGGGGCCAGGCUAGCAGGCGCGCGCAACGACCGAGGCGCCCCUGUCGAGCUGAGAGUGGACUCUUCACAAUCAUUACCGACCCGCUAUCAUGGCCUAUGUUUCGGGUGACCGAGGAAGGGAGGAUUUUGCGUGUACAUCCAGAUGAGUCUAUUUCCUUGUUUGUGCCUCGUGGUCUCGCUACUGGCGUCGUCAACUCCGACAAGGUCCCAUCGCUGCGCGAGCUCGUGCUUUCGGAGAUUCAUCGGAGUGUCGGGCAUGCAGGACAUCGCAUCACCUUGGCCGCCAUCCGUCCUUUGUACUGGUGGUCGUCCAUGUCUGCCGAUUGUGCCGAGUUCUGCCGUUCAUGUGAAGACUGUACCCGAGGCAAGGCGUCCACUCAAGUCCCCUAUGGCCGACUGCAUCCGAUGCCGAUCCCUUCUGGUCCUUGGGAACAAGUGGCCAUCGACUUCAUGACAGGACUGCCUCCGGUCGAGCUCGAAGGGAUGAUGGUUGCUCAAAUCAUGGUGGUCACUGACACUUGGGGCAAGAUGGUCCACCUGAUUCCCCUCCCAGCCGACGCCGACUCGGAGCUCGUUGCCGAGAAGUACUACGCCACCGUCUUCCGACUGCAUGGGAUGCCUUCCGCCAUCGUUUCCGACCGUGAUCCCAAGUUCACCUCGCAGUUUUGGCGGGCAUUGCAGGCAAAGAUUGGCACCGUCUUGCGAAUGUCAACCGCGGCACACCCGGAGACGGACGGAUCGAGCGAGAAUCGGAUCAAGAUGGUCACCCAAACCCUGCGGAUCAUGGUCUCGUCAAACCACGAGGCUUGGGCAUCUCGUCUUGUUGAAGCUGAGUUCGCUCUUAACUCUUCUGUUGCUGUGUCCACGUCGCUGUCGGCUUUUGAGGCAACCUACGGCUACCUUCCUCGAUGCUGGCCCUCGGAUUCCUGGUCUGUCUCGGACGUCCCUCGUGCGGAAGCGUUUGCUCGGAUCCGACAAUUACGGAACCUCGACGUGACGGAUGCGAUCAUUGGAGCACGCCUCAACCAGUCCCAUCAGGCCAACAAGCAUCGACGCCCAGACGACCCCGCCUUUCGGACCGGCAGUUACGUCUAUCUUUCGACAAAGAACCUGGCAGUUCCUGACGGCAUGAAGUCGAAGUUGUUGCCGCGCUACAUCGGCCCCUUCCGUAUCCGAGCGGCCAUCCCUGCGACGUCCAGCUACGACCUCGAGCUCCCUCCAGCGAUGUCGCGAGUGCACAAUCGUUUCCAUGCUCGACUGCUUCGGCCUUGCGUUGAGAAUGAUGCUGAAAGGUUUCCUGGGCGUGACCCCGCAGUUCUUUUUGUCGAAGACGUAGCCGACGCGGCCGACAAUUCUGCGAUUCCGGAACGGAUUGUUCGCGAUCGGCGGAACGCUCGGGGCGCUCGUUCGUUCUUGGUUCGAUGGGUAGGCCGUAACGACACCGACGAUACUUGGAUGUCAGAGCAGUCCAUUCGCCUUGACCAUCCGUCCGUCCUCGACGCCUACCUCGCGCGCCUCGAUCGCUCGAACCGCCGCCUCGCCGCACGGUAG